AUGGCCGUCGGACUCUCAUCGUCCAAAGGUGUUUUGGCACUACUACGAGAAUCAGACUCGGAUGUGCUGCAGUUUGCGUUGAAGCGCCUGCGACCCUUGGUGGACACGUAUUGGUGUGAGAUAAGUGAUGACCUUCCUUUAAUUGAGAGUCUGAGUGAAUCGAGUGAUUUGGCAGAAGAAACGCGGGCCCUCGCUGCUCUUAUUGCUUCGCAUGUUUACUUUCACCUUGGUGCGUAUAAUGACUCUGUGCAUUGCGCCCUCGCUGCCGGGCCCGCGUUCAGCUAUGUCGAGCGCUCACUCUUCACUGACACCAUUCUCAGUUGCUGCAUUGACAAAUUUGUGGAGUACCAACAGAAGCCAGAAGGCGCGCGUGAAGAACUCGACCCUCGCCUUGAGUCGCUUUUCACAGCCCUCACCAGCAAAUGGAUUGGCCAAGAAGGCAUGCCAGUGAAGGAACUUGUUGGAUUUACCAUUCGUGCACGACGCCUGGACUUUCUUGAAAAGGUUCUGCGUCAGCACAUCAAAUCUACCAAGUCUGCGGCGAUCUUGAAUUUCACAUUCGAGGUGGCGAGUGUUCUUCUACGUGAUAUCGCUUUCCGACGGGAAAUUUUAAAACUUCUUUCCGUUUUGUACGCACAAGGUGGUUUAACCACCGUCGACUACUUUUCUCAGGCACAGUGUCUUCUCUUCCUGGGAGACUCGACCGGAACUGCUGACCUUAUUGAGGACCUAAUCCGGUCGGGUGAUAAGGCAACUGCAUACCAACUCGCCUUCGAUUUGCACGAGUACGGCAAUCAAGAGUUUCUUUCCGCUGUUGCGGGUCUCAUAGAAAAGAGGGCAACUCUUUCUAUACCCGCGCCGUCACAAGUGCAGCGGGUGGAAACGGCUACCGAAGACAAGUCCGGCAGUGGGGCCGAUCAUUCGACUUCGUCACAGGCAGCUGCAGGCCAGACAACGCAGGAGGGCGACAAAAAGGACAUAUCUGAAGUGCAUCAGAAGCUUCUUUCCGCUCUUACUGGUGAGUUAACAGCGUCACUUUACCUCCAGUUCUUGUCCGGUCAAUGCAAAGCGGAUAGCAAUGUUCUCAACCGUAUCAAGCAGACUACCGACCAGCGCAAGGCCGUGCCCCAUAAUGCUCUCACAAUAGCCCAUGCACUGAUGUACUGCGGAACUACGAUUCACACAUUUUUGCGCAACGAUAUGGAAUGGUUUGGUGGUGCCACUUACUGGGGUAAGUUCAUCGCUACAGCCUCUAUCGGGGCACUCCACUACGGACAUGUUAAUGAGGCACUCAAAAUAAUGGAUUCAUAUCUCCCUAAGGACAACAUCGGGGUGCUCCCACACUCGGAGGCGGGUUCGCUUUAUGCUCUUGGACUCAUUCAUGCCCCCGUUGGCGUGGGCCGCAAUCAGGAAAUAAUUCUUUACUUGAAGGAAAUGCUUCGCAAGUUCAGCGCAAGUGAGCACAUUAUUCACGGCGCAUCGCUGGGCAUCGGCCUUGCAGCCAUGGGGUUGAAGGACGAGAAGUUGCACGAUUCCCUCUUCACCUGUGUGGGCGGAUGUGAUGCCGUGGCCAGUGAAGGAGCGGCGCUUGGUAUCGGUUUGCUCAUGAUGGGAAGCGGCAACUUGGGCGCCAUUGGAAACCUCAGGGCCCUCGCUUCUGAGGAUAACCAAAAAGAAAAAACUAUCCGUGGCAUAUCCAUGGCUAUGGCGCUGAUGAUGUUGGGUCGUGAGGAUGAGUGCUGGUCUACGGCGAACGAGCUCCUCGAAGACUCCGAUCCAUGGGUACGGUUGGGUGGUUGUUUCAUGCUCGGCUUAGGUUACGCAGGGGCUGAAAACACAAAAGUGUUGGAACGCCUUCUUAGUGUAACGGUGAAGGACACCUCCGAUGACGUCCGCCGAAACGCUGCUACGAUGAUCGGAUUUCUCACAAUAAAGGAUCCCGCAUUGUGCGUGGAGCUGACCCGCGUGCUUGUGGACAGCUAUAACCCACACAUAAGAUAUGGUGUAGGAAUGGCGCUUGCCGUCGCCGCUGCGGGAACUGGAAUGCCAGAAGUUAUUGAUAUACUGUGGGGACUGAAAGAUGACAUUGUAGAUUUUGUUCGUCAGGGAGCGUACAUUGCCCUUGCUCUGGUUAUGGUCCAAGUAACGGAAGUGGAGAAUCCAAAGGUGAAGGAGCUACGCGAUAUUUUUACUAAAAUAAUCGCGGGCCGCAAGGAAGAUAUGUGCUCCAAGUUCGGUUGCAUUAUAGCCACAGGUCUCUUAGACGCAGGGGGGCGCAACUGCACCUUUGCUCUUCAUCGGCAGCGGCAUCGUCUCGAUAAGGCUGUUGUGGGCAUGUUUGUAUUCCUGCAGCACUGGUACUGGUUCCCGUAUCUCCUGAUGAUCACACUAGCCAUGCGUCCAACCUGUUUCAUUGGCCUUAACAGCGACCUUGAGGUGCCAGAGUAUGUCUUCAAAUCCAAUGCACCCGCAAGUCGCUUCGCCCUCCCUAAGAGUGUUUUGGCUGAGAAGAAAGAAGCAAAGGCCGCUGCUGUCAAGGCGGUGAUCCUGUCUACAACAAAGAAAGAAGAGGAGUUUGUACGCUUAAAGCGCUCGGCGGUGGCUGGAAAGAAUCAAGGAACGGGAGGGACUGGUGGUGCCGCUAAUGCCGCAGCAUCGCAAUCCGGCGCCACCAAGGAGCAGGAAACGGAAAAGAAGAGGGAGCCGGAAGCUAAUUUCGUGAUACUAUCGAACCCGGCCCGUAUAACCGCACGCCAGUUUGCUGUCAUUACUCACGACGUUGACAAGCGGUUCGUACCACUGAAGGAAAAUCCUUCGUCUAUAUGCCUUCUGCGGGACACAAACCCUGCGGAAGGAAAACCCAAGGUCAUAACGGACUUGGGAUGGAACAGCAGUGAUGACGCGCCACCGCCAGAACCGUUUACAUGGCCCUAG